AUGGUUUCAGAGGAGUAUGCUCCAGAAGAUUUGGAUGUGGACCUUUCCACGGAUGACCAAGUUCCUUUCAAUCCCAAACCUACAAUUGAGGUCUCUUUAGAAGAGUAUGAAGACUGGUGUAGACCCUGGAAACUCUCUCUGAUUCUGAAACCUUUAGGAAAAAAUUUCAAUCUCCAAGCCCUUGACAGAUGGGUGCAACGGAGAUGGAUGAAAAAAGGAUCCAUAAGAGUCAUGGAUUUGGCUGGAAAUUUCUUUCUGGUUAGAUUCACAGAUCAGGAUGAUUAUGCUCAUGCACUUUUUGAAGGGCCUUGGAUGAUAGCAGACCACUAUCUAUUAGUGCAGAGGUGGAGGCCACUUUUCUUACCACAAGAAACGGAUGUGCAGAAAGUUGCUGUAUGGAUAAGAAUCCCAAACCUCCCAAUUGAGUUAUAUAACAAAUUCUUCCUUUGGAAAGUUGGAAAGACGCUUGGUACAAUGCUAAAAGUGGACGAGCUCACAUCUAUACACUCUCGCGAUAAAUUUGCUAGAAUUUGUGUGGAAAUUGACUUGAAAAAGAAGAUUGUUCCAUCCUUUACAGCUCUGGGCAAAGAUUUCAACAUUGUUUACGAGGGAUUACACCAAAUUUGUUUCAACUGUGGCAAAUACGGGCAUAGAAUCGAACAGUGUAGUGAAUCGAUAACUGGAACCACCACCAACACCGCCAUGGAUCCAACGGGAGGCAGGAUUCCCAGUGGAGAUGAGGGCAGCAACGAGAAAAUUCAUAAAGGUAAUCAAGAAAAUGAAGAAUCUGACCUGGAUACUACUCCCAUAGAGACGUCGGAAGCUUACAAGGACACCCAAGAAGCAAGAACUAGCGAAAAAAGUGUUACCAAACAGACUAGCAAGAAUGGAAGUAACUCUCAUAAUCAGAGAAGCCAACAGAAACACAAAAACCUUAUUCCUAUCAUGAAAGGAAAGAAUACUGCCAUUAGUAAGAAAACUCCAACAGUCUCUAAGCAUGUAAAACAAUCCAGCCACAACCAAAGAAACAUCAAGGGUCUCCAGACAAAUCAGGACAGCCAUAACGUCUUUUCAGAUAACCAGGCGAAUAACCAGAAGGCACAAGACAACCAAAAAGAUAAAGAAGAGAGAAACCAAGAGUAUUGGAAACAAUUCUCAUAUCUUACUAAACAAGUUGCACGUACUAACUGUAUGCAGCCUGCUUUAAUGGGAGGCCAUUUGGAUCAUACUACCAGAAACCUCAUCUCAACUAUCAUGGGAGGUGGGAAUAAGGAGUAUUUCAAUAAUACAGAAGCCAAAAGCCCUCUAGAUCCAGGAGAAUCCAGCAACAAAGCAGGAAAAGACGACCCAAUGGAGAGACAACAGAGGGGAGAGGAGUGUCUCCGAAGCAUAGAGGAGGUGGCACAGGCCACUAAUGUCAAGCCAAUCGAGGCCUAG